AUGAGUGAACGCGUGCGCAAUCGAAGCCGGAAGGCUCGGAGGGAUCCGACGACCGCCGAGGAUCUGAUGGCCGUCGAACCGAUGAUGGACCAAGGCUCUGGACCCCCUAUGCUUUUUUCUAGCUCAAGCUAUGACGAUAAGGACACGCUUUUGAAGGAUCAAGAUUCGAAUGAGGGCUGGUUCACGAGAACACGCGAAUCUUUGCGAGGGGAUUUCUCGUCGAUUCUACUAUUGUUGUUCCUGUAUCUACUACAGGGAAUUCCCCUUGGCCUCAUCUCCUCGAUACCAUUGAUCCUUUCCGAUAAGAAAGUGACAUAUAGUGAUCAAGCAUUGUUCUCGUUUGCCUACUGGCCGUUCAGCUUAAAGUUGUUAUGGGCGCCGAUCGUCGAUUCGGUGUUCUGGAGAAAGGUUGGCCGAAGAAAAUCCUGGAUGGUCCCUUGCCAAUACCUGAUCGGCAUCUUUAUGCUGGUUCUGUCUUUUAUGGUCGAUGAUAUUAUGGGAAAUAAAGAAAAUCCGCCUAAGGUCAUCUUUCUAAUGCUCACCUUCUUGCCUCUGAACUUCUUGGCCGCCACCCAGGAUAUUGCUGUCGAUGGUUGGGCCCUGACGAUGCUCAGCAGGAAAAACGUCGGUUACGCCUCGACUUGCAACGCUGUCGGCCAAACAGCCGGCUAUUUCAUCGGCAACGUCGUGUUCCUCGGGUUAGAAUCGAAGCAAUUUGCCAACAUGUUCCGCGAUACGCCACAGGACUACGGGUUCAUCAAUCUGUCGGGUUUCCUCCUCUUCUGGGGUGUGAUCUUCAUCGUCUCCACAACGCUCGUCUUCAUCUUCAAGCACGAGAUCGACCACUCGAUCCAGGCACCAGAUGGAAGCACCGAUGACGACGACAAGGAAAUUGAAAUGGGCAUCACGGACACGUACAAAGUGCUCUACCGGAUCCUGCGUCUGCGCCCGAUGGUCUACGUGCUCAUUAUUCUGCUGACUGGAAAGAUAGCAUUUGCCGCGACGGACGGCAUGACAGGGCUGAAGCUGAUCGAGAUGGGCAUUCCUAAAGACAAGCUGGCCAUGUUCGGACUUUUCCUGACCCCAGUUCAGAUUGUGCUCCCUUGGAUCAUCGGAAAAUGGACGACUGGGCCGCGACCUUUGAACAUCUUCUUGAUGGCUUACCCUUACCGAUUGUUCAUCGGUGGUGUCUAUGCCCUCCUCAUCUGGUGGACUCCCUCCUUCAAGUUGGCCGAUGGCACUUUCCAAAUUGGCGUCUACGUGAUCUGGAUCAUCGCCUACAUUUUCCACCAGUUUGCGACAUAUUCGAUGUUUGUGUCGAUGAUGGCCUUCAACGCGCAGGUGUCCGACCCGCGAAUCGGUGGCACGUACAUGACGCUGUUGAACACGAUCGGAAACCUUGGUGGAAAUUACCCGGUAACACUGAUUCUCUGGAUCGUCGACCAUCUGACGUGGAAGGAUUGCGUUCAAGUUGGGACUGAAAAAUUCCUCUAUCAAUGUCACAAAAAAGAAAUGGCGGAUCAGUGCGUUGUGGAUGGAGGCGUUUGUGAGACGCAAAUCGACGGUUACUACCUGGGAGUGGCGAUUUGCUCGAUUUGCGGAGUUCUUUGGGCUGCGCUGUUGUUCAACAAGAUCCGCUACAUCCAGAAGAUUCCUCGCACUGAAUGGCGCGUCAUCAAGAACCGA